AUGGCUUGUAGUAGCGGUAGUGGAGCAUCUUGCGGUAGCUAUUCGGAGAGCCAGCAGCAGAUGAUGAUGGAGGAGAGGAAGAGGAAAAGGUUGGUGUCCAAUUGGGAAUCGGCCCGUCCAUCCAGGACGAGCAAACACCAACACCUUGAUGAUCUGAUGGCCCAGUCAAGUCGGCUCAAGAAUGACAACAUCCACAUCAUCACAACCAUUGACAUCACCGCCAGGCUUUACUUAGAUGUUGAGGCUGAGAAUGCAGUUCUCCGGGUUCAGAUGGCAGAGUUAAUCAAUAGAUUGCAGUCUCUCAACCAAGUCAUAGAUUUCAUAAACUCAAGGAAAAGGAAUCAGCUCUUCGGUGACAUUGGAGACGCCCAGAUUAAUGAUUUUGGCUUCAUCCGCCCUGCGCCUGUGAAUCAACGAUCUUGGCAUCAGCUAACAUGUUGA